GCGUGCCCGCGUCCCCGCGUGCCCGCGUCCCCGUUCCCGUCCCUGUCCCUGCUUCCGUGCCUCCCUCCGCCGCCGGCCUCCCCGGCACCGAGCGGGGGGAGCCUCUGUUCGCCGCCCGGCAGCCGGCGGACGCAUGUUCGCGGGCGGGGGCGGCGCGCCGGCGGUGAGCGCGGGCGAGCAUGGCCGCGCCCGGGUCGGAGAAGAGCAGCAAGAAGAAGACGGAGAAGAAACUCGCGGCCCGCGAGGAGGCGAAGCUGCUCGCCAGCUUCAUGGGCGUCAUGAACACCAUGCGCAAGCAGAAAACUCUCUGUGAUGUCAUUCUUAUGGUUCAAGAAAGAAAGAUCCCAGCUCACCGUGUUGUGCUUGCUUCAGCCAGUCAUUUUUUUAACUUGAUGUUUACUACAAAUAUGAUUGAAUCAAAGUCCUUUGAAGUGGAGCUAAAAGAUGCAGAGCCUGACAUUAUUGAACAGCUUGUGGAGUUUGCUUAUACCGCAAGAAUCUCAGUUAACAGCAAUAAUGUCCAGUCUUUACUAGAUGCAGCAAACCAGUAUCAAAUUGAACCUGUGAAAAAAAUGUGUGUGGACUUUUUAAAAGAACAAGUUGAUGCUUCCAAUUGUCUUGGCAUAAGUGUGCUAGCAGAAUGCCUAGACUGCCCAGAACUGAAAGCCACUGCAGAUGACUUCAUCCAUCAGCAUUUCACUGAAGUUUACAAGACAGAUGAGUUUCUUCAGCUGGAUGUUAAGCGUGUGACACACCUCCUGAACCAAGAUACAUUGACUGUGAGGGCAGAAGACCAGGUUUAUGACGCAGCAGUCAGAUGGCUGAAGUACGAUGAGCCCAAUCGCCAGCCGUACAUGGUUGAUAUUCUUGCUAAAGUCCGAUUUCCUCUGAUAUCAAAGAACUUCCUAAGUAAAACAGUUCAGGCUGAACCACUUAUUCAGGAUAACCCAGAAUGCCUUAAAAUGGUGAUCAGUGGGAUGCGGUACCAUCUCCUUUCCCCAGAAGACCGAGAAGAGUUAGUGGAAGGCACACGGCCAAGAAGAAAAAAACAUGAUUAUCGCAUUGCUUUGUUUGGAGGCUCACAGCCCCAGUCCUGCAGAUAUUUUAAUCCCAAGGAUUACAGCUGGACAGACAUCCGAUGUCCCUUUGAAAAGCGCAGGGAUGCAGCUUGUGUCUUCUGGGACAACGUAGUUUAUAUUUUGGGUGGUUCCCAGCUCUUCCCUAUAAAGCGAAUGGACUGCUACAAUGUGGUGAAGGAUAGCUGGUAUUCCAAGCUAGGACCUCCAACACCUCGAGAUAGCCUUGCAGCCUGUGCUGCUGAGGGCAAAAUUUAUACAUCUGGUGGUUCAGAAGUGGGAAAUUCUGCACUGUAUUUAUUUGAGUGCUAUGACACGAGAACAGAAAGCUGGCACACGAAGCCCAGCAUGCUGACUCAGCGAUGCAGCCAUGGAAUGGUAGAGGCGAACGGUCUCAUUUAUGUGUGCGGAGGAAGCUUGGGAAACAAUGUUUCUGGAAGAGUCCUAAAUUCCUGUGAAGUUUAUGAUCCAGCCACCGAAACGUGGACUGAGCUGUGUCCAAUGAUUGAAGCCAGGAAGAACCAUGGGCUGGUGUUUGUAAAGGACAAAAUAUUUGCUGUGGGUGGACAAAAUGGUUUAGGUGGCCUUGAUAAUGUAGAAUAUUACGAUAUCAAGAUGAAUGAAUGGAAGAUGGUGUCUCCAAUGCCAUGGAAAGGUGUAACAGUGAAGUGUGCUGCAGUGGGAUCUAUAGUCUAUGUCCUGGCUGGUUUUCAGGGUGUUGGUCGCUUAGGGCACAUUCUUGAAUAUAACACUGAAACAGACAAGUGGAUAGCCAACUCCAAAGUCCGUGCUUUCCCCGUGACGAGUUGUUUAAUCUGUGUUGUAGACACUUGCGGGGCAAAUGAAGAAACAUUAGAGAUCUGAAGACCUGUAGGAGAUGCUGAGACGUUCUUCAAGGACUUGGGGAAAGAUGGCUAUUGGUGCUUUGCUUCCAUAUUUUACUGAAUCUUGUUAAAUUUAAUAACAGGAAAAAAUGAGAUGCAGUCUUUCAAUUUGUAUAUACAGCAUAUUGUGUAAUGUGGAUUUUGUCAUGCCCAUUUUCUUGUCUGUUUUAAGAGAUGGGGAUGUGUUUUGAGAAUCCACUUACCUAGGUAACAUCACAUGGCAUCUUCCUUUAAAAGGGCUGUGGGUGUGGCCUUCUCAAACAUAGACCAAAUUAAAAAUACUUAGAACUCUUCUAAAGCAUUUGGUGAAGAAAAGAUUUCUGGUUAAAUGACACUUUACCAAGGUCAGUUGCAGAUACUUCAUUUGGUAAUGGUUAGUAGGUAUAGCUUGGGUCAUGAGAAAGAUGGGCAAAAUUUUUUUCUCAUUCAUACCUACCUGCAGAAAUCUUACCAGGAUGCAAUGAAGAUAUUUUCUCAGGAAAGACCAAGGACUGCUGUCUAAUAAAGAUUCCCAAUAUUUCUACAACUCUCUAGAUCGUGAUAGCUGCACUCUUCCAAUGAGUUUCUUCCAUCAUUUGCAUGACUCCUUAUCAAUUUUUUAAAGUUAGAGAGGCCAUAUAUAGAGAUUAGAGAAACAUUUUGAUGGUCUCUGGCAUUUUGGGGAGCUUUCACGGAAAGACUUGGAUUCGUUUGUUUUUUUUUUUUUAUUACACUGAGGUAAGGGAAGUCAAAGGGUUGAAGUUGACAAGAAUUGUGCACUAUAAUUAACAAGUUGGAAACUUGGAGUGAAUUUUCAGUCUCUCUUCCCAGGCAUCAGACUGUACAUACUGUGGAUGCCAAACUUUUAGCAAAGAUGGGAAGAGGAAUGGGAAAAGCAAAUACAAUAUACAGAUAUAUUGAUUUUCUUCUUGAAAGUGACUGUUUUUAAAAUGGCAUGAACAGAGUCAUUAAAGAUACUUUACAGAA